AUGGCUGGAAGAUUCACAACGCCGCACAAGAUCGUGGUGCUCGGCGAUGGUGGUGUAGGAAAGACCGCCCUGACCAUUCAACUAUGUCUACAACAUUUCAUAGAGACUGACUCGUACCGCAAACAAGUCGUCAUAGACGGACAAGCAUGCAUGCUUGAGGUUCUCGACACAGCCGGCCAGGAAGAGUACACUGCGUUGCGGGACCAAUGGAUUAGAGAUGGCGAGGGCUUCGUUCUGGUGUACAGCAUCUCCUCUCGGUCGUCCUUCUCGCGGAUCAAAAGAUUCCAUCACCAGAUCUAUCGAGUCAAGGAGUCCACAGGGGGCUCGCCAUCGUAUCCUGGCUCGCCGAUUUCCGCUGCCGGUGGCCCCGUCAAUGUGCCCAUUAUGCUGGUUGGCAACAAGAGUGACCGAGUGACAGAGCGCGAGGUAUCCACGCAAGAAGGUCACGCCCUGGCGCGUGAGCUCGGGUGCGAAUUUGUCGAGGCGUCAGCGAAGAACUGCAUCAAUGUUGAGAAGGCAUUCUUUGACGUUGUAAGAAUAAUAAGGCGACAAAAUGCGGCCUCGUACUCGUCCGGCGGCGCCUCCAGGCCGGCCAACGGCGCGGCGCCGGGCCGUCGCGACACCAUGCCCGAGGACAGGCGAUACAGGAGGAAGGGAGACAAGAAAUGUGUGAUAUUAUGA